UCUCUGGUGGUAUAACAUCUGUGUGACGCUGUUUCAACGAAGCUUCAAUCGGAGAGACUUUUAGUUAAAGAAUUGAUCUUAGAAAUAUCAGGUAUAGAUUGUUAUUGUUUCUAAAGACAUAAGAUGGCGAUGUUCUUGAUAAAUAUACAUUUGAGGAAGCUUUAAUGAAUGAAAUCAUCGUGGAUUUAUUAACGAAACCUAUACAGUGUGCAAACUAUAAUGAAAAGUUUCAUAGUUAAAAUGGCGAGGUUCAUAGUGAUUCCUUUAAUCUAAACGAUGCUGUGAAUUGACGUUCAUUGCUCACAGGAAUGACAAAGAAAGUAAUAAUGGAGCAAGAUGAAAUUGAGCGGAAACUCAGUGUGCCUAAAAUACGUCAUGAGGUUACAAAUGACGCCAAAACAGAUCUCGAGGAGCCAACAGUUGCAGAUAAAAACCAACUUUUUCAAAGACGAAUGUUACUGCGAGACUCUCAACAUGGAGAUCAUUGCCAUUCAGGUUUAAACCCAUCAGCUCACCAUGAACGUUCAUGCUCAUUCCGUAACCGACCCCGACCACAAUUGUUAAAUAUUGACACUGACCGACCAAGACGAAGCAGUUUACCAUCACCUUCUGCGAACUUUCUCUCCGUAUCUUUCGACAAUAUUCAUAAACAAAACGAAACGUCUGACCAACAGCCAUUACGAAGAGUGCGGUCAUUUAAAACUACAUCGAAGGGGGGCAUUGUGAACAGAGGGGACUCUUUUAAACGAAGCUCUAAGAGUAUAAACUCAACCGUGAGUGCAAUGCAUAGCGAGCAUGGGGAAGCUAGAUCACACAACAACAGCAGGCAACGAAUUAACAGCACGCAAUCCCGUGACAGUGGAACUGUGGACAGUACGGGAUCUUCAGUGGAUACAAUUAUUCAUAAAGUUGCCAUGGUUGGGGACAAAGGUGUUGGAAAAACAUCUUUGACCAAUCAGUUUAUGACAUCGGAGUUCAUUGCAUUUGAAACAGAGAACGAUGACGACGAAACCGAUCGUCACGUGACGGUGCUGCUAAACUCAGAAGAGUCAACACUAAAAAUUGUUGACAGAGCCCUGGAUUCGAAGGAGUUCCCCAUUCGAUCUGUUGACGCCUUUGCAGUGGUAUAUUCGAUCACAGACCGGGCGAGUUAUCAGGAGGCUGUUGACAUUUUGUACCACGUUCGCCAUCAACUUGACAUUAAAGACAAACCUACCAUUCUCAUCGCCAACAAGAUCGACCUUGUAAGAAAACGUAAGGUCACUAGAGAAGAGGGAAGAUCGGUCGCUAAACAGUACAACUCAAAAUACUGUGAAACAUCCGCCGCUCUAAAUCACCACGUUGAUGAGCUCCUGGUUGGAUUAUUGAGUCAAAUCCGCCUGCACAAGACCCCAGGACUACCAAUAGAGCCCCCCAGUUUUGAUGUUAGGCCAAGUCAAAACAAGUUUGUCAAAUGUUCCAUGCCUGGACCAAAACGUUUACUAAAUUUCAUCUUUCGUAAACAUCCGAUGCAACCGUCUUGCCAUGAGUGUGAAAAUCUCUUUACGUCAUAGUUUGCUCUCUUUGAUAUUGAUUAUUUUUUUGGAAAGAAACUAUUUUCAUACGACUUUUGAUUAUUUUAUCAACACAUUGCUCCUUUUGAUUAUGAAAAGUGCAAACAGGUGAUUUUAGACAUAAAGCGAAACCUGACUUCAAGGCUUAAAAAGAAGUCAUUUUUAUUGAAUACAUUACGAACGAUUUCUUUUAUAUAUAAGAUGUUGCCACUGCUUACAUGAUGUUUAUAGCAAAUUCUCAUACGAAAUGAAUUAUUAUCAUACAAUUUCAUGUACAUUUUAAUAGAUUUUAAUGAUAAUUUCGUGUACCAAACUUUGCAAUAA